AUGUGUAGACAAAAAGGAGAUUUACAAAAUGCUUUUCAUCAUUGUGAAUUUGUAUUAAAACUUUAUAAAGAAAAUUCAUCAAAUGAUAAUCAUCAGACAAUUGCAACGUUUCUGGCGAAUUUAGGAGAAAUCUAUAUAUUAAAAGGUGAAUUCAAUCGAGCUCUCAUCAAUUAUGAACGUGCUUUAACUAUUGAUAUAAAUCCUACUAAUAGCAAAAAACCUAAUUCCGAAUAUAUUUUCAAUUGUUGUAAUCAAUUAGACAUUAUCUGUGAACGUACAGGACGUUAUGUAAAAGUACUUGACUACUAUGAAAAAUGUUUACAAAUACGUCUUGAAAAUAUGCCACGAAAUCAUCCUGAUUUAUUAAUACCAUAUGAUAAUAUUGCAUUUCUUUAUGAUAGACUUAGUCAAUCGGAAAAAGCAAUGGAUAUCUAUAUGCGUAUUCUGAAGAUUAGCAUCAGUUCAUUCUCACAAGAUCAUCUGAAAGUUGCUACUCUAUAUCAUAAUAUAACUUGUAAUCUUGAAGAUCUUGGUCGAUUUAAUGAGGCACUUGUCUAUGAAUAG